AUGACUUUAGUCAAUGGAGUGAAGACGUUUGUUGUGAGAAUUUUCCUACUUUUUUCGCCUUCCGUCUGUAAUGAAUAGAUAGGAAACAAAUCUUUUUUACGUUAAAAUAGGUAGUGCUAAACAAUUUCUGCAUACGUGUCUAAAUGUAGUGAUAGUGCAAUGUUUUUCAAACGCAUAAUCCUGCCCGUUUUCUGCCUCGCAUUCGAAGCUGGUAUUGGUGUCUCUGGUGAGGAGGUGGAGGUGCGCGACAUCUCGGUGGACAAGGGCACCAACGUGACGAUCCCCUGCAGCGGUCUGGGGGUCGAGCCGACGCUGCCCGCGCCCAGCGUCCAGUGGGUGCACCGCGGGAACCGCACGCACCAUGAAGUCCUGGUGGACGGCAGCCUGCUGCUAAAACAGAUCAGCGCGGACGACGCGGGGGUGUACGAGUGCGGGGUGGAGAACGAGACCGCCUUCAACGACAGGAUCAACAUCACCGUCAGAACUGAACCACCACCACUAGCGAACGUGACAGUCCACGCGUCCACCAUCCUGGCCCUCAUCCUGUGGAACGUAGCCGGGGACGGCGGCCACCCCAUCAUAGACUUCACAGCACAGUACAGGUCGGCUGCCCCAGUCAAUGGCACCCUGGAGCCGUGGCGGCCUAUCAGUCCCAACCACAUCAGCCCGAAUUCGCGCCAAAUAGACGUGUACCACCUGGACACGAACGCGUCGUACUGGUUCCGCGUGUGGGCCAACAACGCGCUGGGCCCGGGCGCGCCCGUCGAGGUGCUCGCUACCACGCUCUACACCGACCAGGACGCAGAGCUAUACAAGCACUUCCUCGAAGGCGCGGCCACGUUCGACCCUCGCGCGUGGCUGGCGGCGGUGUGCGUGGUGCUGGGCGCGCUGGCGGUGCUGGCGGCCGGGACCGCCGCGCAGCUGUGCCGCGAGUGCCGCAGCGACGAUUAUAGCGAGGACCCAGACGGGAUGGAGUUGGUUCCGAACAUAAUCCUGAACCCGGGCUUCCUGGACACGGAGCCCAAGCCGCAGAGCGCGGCGUCCAUCAUCCGCUCCGCCGAGCGCGCCGGCCCGGGCAAGCCCCGGAGAGUCUGAUUCUCAUCCAUCCUCAACCUUAGGAUCCUCUACCGGACCGAUUCGUCGCAGUCAUGAUUGUUAGCCGACGGGGUCGAUGUCGAACUCUACAUGUGAAGACUGCUUGUCACUUUGACAGCUGUCAGCGUAGUCUGUGAACGCGAAUGACAGCGCCAAAGAUGGCGGCUGCGUGGUUGUGAGAGGCUACGGUUGUUUGGUAUGAAUUUAAAAUUUCACAACACACAUCUUCACCCAUUGGCUAAAACAUGACCCCUUCGGAAUUGUAAGAACAAAAUUUUAACAUACUUUUAAAGGAUUUGGACAUAUCAAGAAGUUAAAACAAUUUUAUCGUAUGAAUCGGAUCGGUGGACGGUUGUAGGGUUGCCUAAGAGCCCGUGCUUUUACAUAAUACUUAGCUUGUAAUCAUUGAGAGAGAUAAGAUUUAAGCAUUUGUAGAUAUUACCGAAGGAUUUUAAGAGGUGACAACCCUAACUCAAACGAAAACUUAUUAUAUUAACAUGUAACUUAUCCAUCCAUUGGUAUCAAUUAACGACGGUAUAAUAAUCAGAUUUAAAUUAUAAAUAUUAACAAAUAUCUUAUAGGAUUGUCACCUCUUAAACUUUAUAAUAGAUAGUCAUUAGGUAUUUUUAACUGGCCAUUUGUAUUUCAGUAGUGGGGUAAAGAUGCUUUAUGGUACAUACAUGUGACAAUGCAGAAGAUAUGAUAUAUUUCCAUUUACAUAUAAAAACGGGAGGGCUAAAAACCUGCAUUGAAACUUGUGAAAGCUUUCACAUCCAAACCUUCUACAGAUGGCCGGAAAAUUUGGCUUUAACGGGGUUGCCCUAAAAUAUAGACUAGAUAGCUCAGUUCAGUAUCAAUGGGACAUGUACUAGGGACGUGCUUGCAGUCACUUGUUGUUAAUUACUUAAUGAGUCUGACACAACGCUUUAUUCAUUUUUGUAACUAAAUAUUAUUAUAUCAGCGAAUCAACUUCGCACAAUUAUUUAUGUGACGAUAUUUUUUUUACAAAACUUUGCAACGGUUUUUGUUAAAACUCGACAAAAGUUGCAGUUUUGUAAAAAAUAUAUAAAUUUAGUCAUCCAUAAAAUCACUACGUAGCUGGCAACCCCGAGUAAAUAUCAAGGAAAGUCGUAUCACUUGGCAAUAAUGGUGCGAUUAUAGAUUUUAUCGCAAUACAAAUAACGACUGAUGUUGCCAAGUGUUCGGUACAUACAUUUUUAGUCAUCAUAUUGCUUACCGUUUAAAAACGAAUUGUUGAUGUUUGUAAUUUGUAAGAUUUGUAACUUUAAUUAUAUAUUUUUUUGCAAUAUUAAAAAUAUAUAGUGACGAUAUAUAUUUUUGUAACGAUAUCGCGAUUGGAACGAUGGUAAUUUAAUUGAUAGUGUAUUCCUUUUCUAAUAAUAUUUGAAGGUGAUUAUUUUCUGUGAUUAAUUUUGAUGUUCGAAUCUCUUUUUGUGAUGGUAUUAUUUACAUAAUUUUUUAUCAUAUAUUUUUUGAAACUACUAUCAGUUCUUAUGAAAUAUACUUUUAGGAUAAGGAUAUAAUAUUAUUAUGUACGUAUGUAGGUAUUUUAAUAUGUAUUUUUUUGAGACUGGUGGUGGUUUUACGAAUAAUACAUUGUAGUAUGUAAUAAGCAGAUAGAUCUAAGUGCUCACGACUAUUAAAACAAAGAAACGCUUUUUGCUUUUAUGAUAUAAUAUUUUGCAUCCGUGAUUAUGGCAUAAUAUGUAAGAAAGACAAUAUUAUAGGCGGUAUAUGCAUGUUAUUAAGUACCUAGACAAGUCAAUUCAGAGUUAGAUUUUAAAAAAUGCUAAUACAGAACACUAGAAGGCAAUGAAGCAUGUGACUUUGUUACAUGUUACCCGAUUUACCGAAACAUAUGUCAUAAAUUAGUAAAAAAAUUAAGGUUCACAGUUUUGGCGGAGCCUUUUGGCAGUAGUUUUUUCAUUUGAUCCGCGUGUAAAUACUCUACGUGGAAAAUAAAAAGUAAAGCACACAACAUACUGCAUGGGGAGAGCAAGUUACUUCGUUCGAGUAAUAGCGGGUAAACGUGAAUUUGUAUAGCGCGGGAGAGUUACCGCCACCUAGCGGUAUACGCGCUGCACUAGCUCCGCGCCUAUAUAGUUAAAUUGGAGUCGAUUUUCACUAGGUACUCGAUCGGUUAAGUAAAACCUCUUGGCCCUCAGAGCGAGAAUAUCGGCUGACAGAAACUAAUACUAGGGAUUAAAGUGCAAAGUAGAAAACCUUAGAGUUGUUAUUAAGGUGCAGAGUGGUUUAUUUUUGUAUACGACGCGUAUGCAUAUCAGGGGAGCCUUCGAAAGAGAUAUAAAAAGAGAUAAUUAUAGUAGAUUAUAUUCUAUCCCUUUCCCGCAUUCUGUCUGGUCUUCUCUGUGGCUCAUUGCCUUUCUGUGCUUUGUAAUUUUAUGAACUACGCUGUCUUAUGUCUAUGUCAAAUUAUGCAUUAAAAUCACUACAACAGAUAUGGUUGUAGUACAUACUAUCUAGUAUCUUUAUAAACUUGACACUUUCACCUUGUUAAUCCUUGGAGUGAGGAAGUAUUAGGUACGGAUUUAUUAAAUUGUACUUUGAGCAUAAAAUUACAACUGCAUUCAUUGCAUUCAGGAUAUUAUCAAGUUUAUUAAAAUCCUAAUACUAUGGCUGAGUAUGUGUAUUUUAACAUAAUUUGACAUAAGUAAUAGUUUAAGUAAUAUUCCUAAUCUGUGUUGUGCUCACCAUUAUAAUAUUAUCUAAAUAAUUAUAUCAUGACUCUGUCUUUAAAAUAUAUGUGCUAAUACAUGUCAAUUAAAAGUA